GCGGCCACGACUCUCGGUCGUAUCUCUUCUCUUAGACCUCGGUCACCACAUAAUCCCCGGAUUUACUACCUGACCUUCCUCUCCUGUCUUGGAUCUUGGAUGUUCGGCUACAACAACGGCGUUAUAGCUGGUGUCUUGGUCCUCCCAUCUUUCUACCGAGAUUUCAACCUUCCCACUGUUGGCACCAAAGAAUAUAACAAUGUCACGGGUAAUAUCGUCUCACUGCUACAGAUUGGCGGAUUGGUCGGGAGCCUAGGGACUUUCGGUGUCAUGAAAUACUGGGGAAGGAGAGGGGCGAUGAUUGCGUCCGGAGCUGUGUACCUAGUUGGCGCGGUGAUGCAGACGUUCUGUCAUGGUGGGCUGCCCUUGAUGUUUGCAGGCCGAUUCUUCAGUGGUAUCGGAACCGGGGGUGCCACUGUUGUCGUCCCAUUGUACAUAGCCGAGCUCGCGCCCCCAUCAAUCCGCGGCUCCCUCGUCGGCAUCUACGAAAUCAACAACCAGCUCUCCUCCCUCAUGGGCUACUGGUGCAACUACAUCGUAAACGAAUACAUCCCCUCCACCUCCUCCCGACAAUGGCAGAUCCCCCUUGCCGUGCAGAUCGUGCCAUCUGCCCUGCUAAUCCUAGCCGCUAUCUUCAUCCUCCCCGAGUCACCCCGCCUCCUCGUCAAAAGAGGCAACAAACUCCAAGCUCGCAAGAACCUAGCUUGGGUUAGAAAACUUGAUCCGGAUCAUGAACUCGUGAAUCGCGAGAUGGAGGAGAUUGGGGAUGCGAUUCGCAUGCAAGAUACGCCGCCACCGAGGGUGCUGCAUAGACAUAGUGGCGGAAAGUUGGGCUUGUUUAAGGAGCUUUGUUGGAAGGGGAAUAGGGAAAGGGUUCUGAUUGCGCUGGGGCUUAUGUUUGGACAGAAUUUGACCGGGAUUCAGGGGGUUAAUUUUUAUACGCCGACUGUGUUUAAGAGUAUUGGGUUUGAUGGGACGAGGGUUGUGUUGUUGGCUUCUGGCAUGUACGCAGCGGUCAAGACAAUUGCCACUAUCCUCUCCCUCUCUUUCUUUAUCGAUCGUUUAGGCCGCCGCAAGCUACUGCUUACCAGCUCUGUCGGUACGAGUUUGGCUCUGUGGUACAUCGGUGCUUUCGUCACCGCCAAACAUAUCGACCUCUCGAAGCCCCAGGAGAAGAGUGUCGCUGGUUGGAUUGCUAUUGUCUGCGUUUACAUCUAUGCCGCAUUCUUCUCCUUCGCCUGGAACGGCGUAGUCUGGGUCUACUGUGCCGAAAUAUUCCCCAUCCGCAUCAAAGAGCUCGCAGCCUGCAUCUGCACCGCAACGCAAUGGCUCUCCCAAUUCGCCAUCGCUCGGGCUUCCCCAACCAUGCUCACGGAGUGGAAAGGCGGCUUUUUCUUCUUCUUCGCGAGCUGUUUGGUGGUAAUGGGGAGCUUAGUUUUCUGGUUGGUACCCGAGACGAAGGGAAAGACGCUCGAGAGAAUGGAUGAUGUGUUUGGGAGUGCGUAUGGGGAUGUUGUGGAGGUGGAGUUGGGGAACUACAGGAGGGAGGGGAGGGAGAAGGGGAUUUUUGAGAGGGGCAAGGUGAAGCCUGUCGAUGAGGAGGGGGGUGUUACAGAAGUGGUUGAGAAUUGAAUUCUUUCGAGGUAAUGGGACUUAAUAAUUGUCAAAAGGGGGAUUUCGAGUCGGGUAAUGUUUGGAGGUUCUGGGGAGCAUAAUAAUGAGGAGGGGAAAGAGCCUCGGAUCUAAAAGGAGUUCUUGGAUUUUGGAGAAAUUGGGAUACAAAUUGACACAAACACUCUACAAGCACUUCUCAAAAAAACAUGAAAAUCCGUCAAAACUCUU